AUGAUGACAAAUCCUAUUACGGUGAAGAAUAAGCUCGGUGAAACUUCUUCAUUAAGUGAAGAUGAUCUACUUGAAAAGCUAACAAGCUUAUCUUUUGGUUUAAAUACCAAGUAUAUGAACCUUGGGUCCGUGGUUGAAAAGAUUAUGACUAGUAUACCUUCGGAAAUAAGUGAAGAGGAGCUUACUGGGUAUAUGGGUGAAACCUUGCAGUCGUCGGUUACCAGUCAUCCAGAUUUCUCUACACUUGCAGCAAGAGUCGAAGUAUCUGAAUUACACAAUAGACUUUCUGGGGUUACGUUUAGUCAGAAUUUGGGACUUCUUUUUAAUGGAGUCAAGAAUACCGAUGUUGAUGGACCGCCGGGGAAGAAGCAGAAACUAUUGACUCCGACAGCUAUUAGUAACAAAUCCCUUAUUUCUAGUGAUUUCUAUGAAAUGGCACUAAAGUAUAGCGAUGUUAUAGACAAGGCUAUUGAUCUCGAACGGGAUUAUGAAUUCACGUAUUUUGGUUGGAAGACGCUUUGUAAGUCGUAUUUGUUAAAAGAUGAAGCGGGAGUUAUUCAUGAGACUCCUCAAUUUUUAUUUAUGAGAGUUGCAUUGGCAAUACACGGUCCUUUUGAAGACGUUGAUAGUAUUUUGGCAACAUAUAAGCUCAUGUCUGAGAAAUAUUUCAUCCAUGCAACCCCAACUUUGUUUAAUGCUGGGACAAUCAAUCAAUUUCUAUCUUCAUGUUUCUUGUUAGGCAUUGUGGAUGACUCAAUAGAUGGCAUUUAUAAGACUUUGCACAAAACUGCGAUGAUCUCUAAAGCUUCUGGUGGUAUUGGGUUACAUAUUUCUAAUAUCAGGGGGCGUGGUGCUCCUAUAAAUGGUUCCAAUGGUGCUUCCACGGGAAUUGUACCUAUGUUGCGAGUUUUUAAUAAUACAGCUAGGUAUGUUGAUCAAGGAGGGAACAAACGCCCGGGAGCAUUUUGUAUAUAUUUGGAGCCUUGGCAUUGCGAUAUUAUUGAGUUUCUACAGUUAAGGAAAAACCAUGGAGCUGAAGAGUUGAGAGCUAGAGAUCUUUUUUUUGCUUUAUGGAUUCCUGAUUUAUUUAUGAAGAGGGUUGAAAAUGAUGAAGAAUGGUCCUUAUUCUCUCCAGAUUCGGCUCCUGGUUUAGCAGAUUGUUAUGGUGAGGAGUUUGAAAGACUUUAUGAAAAAUACGAACGUGAGUUAGUACCAGUAAAACGGAUGAAGGCUCACCAGAUAUGGAGAGAGAUUUUAUCUUCGCAGACAGAAACAGGUGGACCAUUUAUGCUUUACAAAGAUUCAUGUAACAGGAAAUCAAACCAAAAAAACCUUGGUACUAUCAAGUCUUCUAACCUGUGUUGUGAGAUUAUUGAAUACAGUUCUCCGGAUGAAAUUGCAGUCUGUAAUUUGGCAUCGGUCGCUCUACCGACAUACAUAAAGGUAGAGAAUUCAAAGAUCUGGUUUGAUUAUGAUAAAUUACACUCCGUGGUGAAACUACUUACCAAAAAUUUGGAUCGCAUCAUUGAUGUCUGUAAAUACCCUGUUCCUGAAACUGAAUAUAGCAAUAAACGAAACAGACCAUUAGCUAUUGGUGUACAGGGAUUUGCGGAUACAUUAAUGAUGCUUCGGUUGCCGUUUGAGUCAGAUGAUGCUGCCGAAUUGAACAGAAAUAUUUUUGAAACAAUAUACCACGCUGCAGUUGAAUCAUCAAUAGAACUAGCGGCGAAGUAUGGUGCAUAUGAAACUUUCACUGGAUCACCGGCUAGUGAAGGGUUAUUGCAAUUUGAUCUUUGGGGGUUAAACAAGGAAAAUUAUGAGUUUUUCUACAAUGACUGGGACGAUCUGAAGGCAAAGCUGAAGGAUGGGCCGGGAAUGAGGAAUUCCUUACUUGUUGCACCAAUGCCUACAGCCUCGACAUCUCAGAUUUUAGGCUUUACAGAGUCAUUUGAACCAAUGACAUCAAUGAUAUACGCUAGAAGGGUUCUCAGUGGAGAAUAUAAACUUGUUAAUAGAUAUAUGGUUCAAGACUUCUGUGACCUAGGAAUUUGGGACGAAAAAUUAAAAAAUAGAAUCAUUCAUGAAAAUGGUUCCGUACAAUCGAUAGAGGGUAUACCAAAAGAGCUAAAGGAUAUUUAUAAGACCGUAUGGGAGAUGUCUCAGCGGAAACUGGUUGAUCUAUCUUGCGGCCGUGCACCAUUUAUUGACCAAUCUCAGUCCCUGAAUCUAUAUCUAAAAACAGUGACGAUGGGGAAGUUGACUAGCAUGCACUUUUAUACCUGGAAGAAGGGUCUCAAAACUGGUAUGUAUUACCUAAGGACUCAGGCGGCAUCCAGUGCCAUUAAAUUUACAAUCAAUGAUGAAAACACACUUAGUGGCCCAGUAACUAUUCCUGAGAAGCCAGUAUCGAAGCUCGAAUACGUUAGGAGAUACCAUAGCGAAGAGCCACUGCUACUUACACCAUCAUCGAAGGACCGCUCAUUAGAGAACAUGAGUUCGCCUUCAGGAUCUUCAAAUUUUUCUAUACAUGAUGAUACUCCUAUAGUCUGUGGAAUUUUUGAAGAAGGUAAGUGCCAGGGUUGUUCUGGUUAG